AUGGCCAACCCCCGCGCACCAAAGCCCACCAAACCAACCAAAGGAGAAGAAAACCCCCCCUCCAUCAAAGUAACCACCUACCGCCCCCCCGACAACCCCGCCGAAGCCCUCACCUUCCUCGCCGCCCUCCUCUACUUCCUCUCCCUCGCCUUCAUCCACCUGCCCCCCCACCUCCUCAGCACCCCCACCAGCCCCCUCGGCCGCAUCAUCGAAAGCACCCUUCACUUCCCCGGCGGCGUGGCGACCUACACGUGGCUGGUGAAUGUGAUUGCGAUUCCCGUGGUGGCGAUCCAUGUGGGCGAGACGUAUUGGAUGGAGAGGACGAGGCUGAGGAAGUUUGGGGUGAGGAGGGGGAGUGCGGUGUGGUGGGCGUGGGUGGGGAGUGUUUUUGUGGAAGGGGGGAUGGCGUUUUGGAGGUUUGAUCGGGUUGUGCAGGGGUUGGGGGGGAAGAAGGGGUUGUAA